GAUGACCUGGAGACCGGUGACAAGGAUGGAGGUCUGGAAAAGCAGCUGGCACCAGAAGAUUCAGCUGCUGGUUUUGGCAGACCGCUGGUGCAGAGUGGAGAUCUCAUUGGAUGUCUGAUCAGGAGCAGAUGUCAGCCAGGACAAGUAACUCAGAAACAGGUCUGGCUGUUCCCUGGCGUUACAGAGAGAGGACAGCCAGUCUCGUAUCCACACUCCAGCCAAGUCGGUAGCGGUAAUACAUCCAAUUGUUAGAUAUCAACCGCAUUACAGAAGAAGGAGACGAAGAAGAAAAUCCAUCCAUCCCAUUGGUUAAGGUUGAUGACUCGGGGUGAGACAAUGGAGCAGCAGGAGCAGGUGGAGUGGGAUGAUGUGAAUAAACUCCUCCAGCAUCAUGGCUUUAAGCCAGUGUACUUUGCAGAUCCUGUUGAGAAUAAGAACCUUUCAGAUCUGGUUCUGCUGGACAAGAGGUCAGCUGAUGAGAUCAGGGCGACUCUGAGGACGAUGCUCACGGACUCUGAGAGGAGACAGGCUCUCAUCCAGGAGCUCAUCAAGUCCAAUAACCAACUCAAAGAGGAGGUCCAGGAGCACACGAGCCGAGCGGCUCAGCAGUCUCAACGGGCCACAGAGCUGGAGGGGCUGCUGGACACCGUUAAGACACGAGUCCAGGACCUGGAGGACCGCUACCUCGGCAAGGCUGUCCAGCAUCGCAGCCACAGGCAGCAGCUUCAGCAGGAAAAAGAAGAAAGUCAAAAACGGUGUGAGGUCCUGGAGCAUAAGCUGUCGAGGGAGAGGGAGAAAGCGACUCAGCUUCAGAGGAAACUUUAUUUUACCAUCAAGGAAGAAGAGCGUCAGUCGGCGCGCCAGAGUCAGACCUUCCAGCACAUCUGCAGGAGAGUCAGCCGACACAACUCCGCAGCAGACCAGCAGGUGUUGGACGUUAUCGUGUUCUAUGAGGCUGAAAUGACUCAGCUGAUGGAUGAGCUCAGGUCUGUCAAAGGAGAAUCUGAUCAAAAACAAGUGAAGAAGACGUCCAACAAUGUUACUCCGUCUUUCAGAAGCGUUCUCGAGGCGUAUCAGGAGCAGCAGAGGGAGAGCAGAGCUCAGAUAGAAGAGCUGAAGAGGGAAGCUGAGCAGCUGAAGCAGCAGCUGGAAACAAAGCCGACACUCAAGGAAGUGAAGUUCUACAAACACAAACUGCGGCGUUUGGAAGGAUUAAACAAACACACUAACACAAGAUGGUCUAAAGAAGACAACACGACAGAGAGUAGUGAACACAUCAGUGAUCAAGCCAGAGAAGCAAGUCUCUGUGACCACUAUCACUAUCUGUUGACAGAGGUCAGUGCUGUCGUGACCAAUCCAAGCGCUCCGUUACGGCUGCACAGACGGAAACCCGCCGCCUUUGGUUCGGAUCAGGCUGACUUUGAUAGUCUGCUCCCCACUCUGGAGGUCUGGGCGCAGCAGCUCCAGCUGCUGGAGGAGCUACAGCGAGGUUUAACUAAACUGGCGGCCAGACUGGUGCCCGGGGAGCUGUCAGAUAGCAGCCAUGAAGCUACAGAAGCGGUGAAGGUGGAGGACAUGAUGUUGACGGUGGACACAAUGCUGGAAAACACCUCUGCUGACAAUAAGGUGCUGAGGAGUCCCACUCGAUACACUCUGGGGUCCAUGGUGUCUCACUUCCAGAGGCUGUUUGACGUGACCUCCCUCAGCGGGGUCUACCCACGCAUGAAUGAGGUCUACACCAGGCUGGGAGAGAUGACCAACGCCAUGAAGAACCUGCGAGACAUUCUGGACCUAGACAGCAGGGCUCCUCCCGCUCAGGUGGUGAACCAGGUGGCCCAACUCGUCUCCUCUGGCGAACACAGCACCCAGUUCUACGAUCUGCUGGGAGACAUUGACAUUGACAGCAUCAUCGUCAAAGCGAAGCAGCACGACGAGUUUUUCCCGCCUUUCCAGGCCCUCGUUACGGACAUUUUACAGAUUCUGGGACUCAGACGACUGGAUGACAUCCUCCCAGCUCUGAAGUCUUUGAAACAAACAGCACAGUGAUGUGUUGUGUUUUGUGAACUGUGACGAUUUUGUUAAUUUUGUUUUUAUGUAAAACUUUGAGUGAGUGAGAUCAGUAAAACUGUUUUCUAUAAAUCCACAUCUUUUGUAACGAGCCUGAUUAUUUGGCAUGAAAAAGUCAUGGUAAAGUAACGCAUUAGAGUC